CCCUCUGUCGCCACGGUAACGGGGACCUUCCAUGCAGGCGGCGCGCACCAUGGCGGCGCCCUUGCUGAGCGCGGUGCUGCGGGGGACGCGGGCCUUCGGCACCGCCGCGGCGCUCUGCAGGCGGGCAGCCCCGCUGGGGCCGAUGCCCAACGAGGACAUCGAUGUCAGCAAGUUGGAGACGUUGGAAAAGUACCGCUGCUUCAGGCGGUAUUUCAGGCUGGCGGAGAAGGAGAGCAGGCAGCCGCACUGGUGGAAAUCCUACCGGCACUACACCUGCCCCCAGCCAGAGCCCCAGACCGACAUCAGCCUGCCGCGCGCCAAGCAGCCGCGGUCCAAGGAGGUGAAGGAGAGAAAGAGGAUCCUGAAGGAGAACCGCCAGAAUGCUGAGAUGGAAAGAGCGGCGCGGCUCCGGACUGCGCUGGUCCCCCUGGAUGAGGUCAGAGCGGAGUGGGAGCGGACCAGCGGCCCCUUCCACAAGCAGCGCCUGGCGGAGCACUGCGGCCUCUUCCGUGACCUCUUCAAAGGAGCCAUCUUCACCCCCAGGGUUGCCUUGAGGGUGGAGUACAGCCAAGAGGAUGAGUACCUCGUGCCAGUCUACUAUGGGAACAUGGUGACUCCAUCAGAGGCUGCCAGGGCCCCUGCAGUGUCGUAUGAGGCAGAUAAAGACUCUCUCUGGACUUUGUUGCUCACAAAUCUGGAUGGACAUUUAAGAGACACAGACUCAGAGUACCUCCACUGGCUGGUAACAAACAUCCCAGGCAAUGACAUCAAGCUGGGGAAGGAGAUCUGCCAUUACUUUCCCCCCUUCCCUGCCAUGGGAACUGGCUACCAUCGCUUUGUCUUCCUCCUCUUCAAGCAAGACCAUGCCAUAGAUUUCAGUGAAGAUGCUCGACCCAUGCCCUGCCACAGCCUGAAGAUGAGAACCUUCAGCACAUUUGACUUCUACAGAAAGCAUGAGGAUGCAAUGACCCCAGCAGGGUUGGCCUUCUUCCAGUGCCAGUGGGACAGCUCUGUUACCUGGGUCUUCCAUCAGCUGCUCAACAUGAGGGAGCCUGUGUUCGAGUUCGUGCGGCCGCCUGUUUACCACCCUCCACAGGUGAAGUUCCCACGCCACCAGCCCCUGAGGUACCUGGACAGAUACCGAGACACCCAGGAGCCCACCUAUGGCAUUUACUAGGGGUCUGGCCUCCUCUAGAGGUGCUCUGGAGUACACUGGGAUACUGCCUUCCCUGCCUUCACGUUCUGUGGCUGGGAGCUACCUGUGCCUCUGGAGAGAAACAGAAACUCUCAGCCCCUCGGCUCCCAGUUCCCUGUGUUAGCAGUACUGGGAAGUUGUGUAGCUGAGGGCAACAGGUUUGCAGUGCUGGCAGCUGGGUGGUCAAAAGGCUACUUAAGAGGACAUUCACAAAUUAAAGUAAAACCAUAUCUGGGCUAAAAUCUUGCAGAGCUGAUGGGUUGGGGCAGCAGGGUAGUGUCCCCCGAGCUGCUCUGCCUUGCUGCUUUGCAAGGAUCUCGGUUCUCCGUUUGCCUGUUUCUGGAAGAAGCAGAGCCAGGCCAGCCUAGAUUUCCUCCUCCCAGUGCUGUGGUUCAGGACUCUGUUUGCUUUGGUUUGUGCAGUCCUUUUGAAAAGAUGACUUGGAUUAAACACUGAGGAAUGCUGA